AUGGGUAACACAAGAUCCCAACCUUGCCGACGGGGCAAGUCGCUCUACUUGUUCUACCUUAUCCAUAGAACGUGGAGCAUCGUGGCUGACCAUCGGAAGGAUCACGGUCGCUCAGACGAUACCGAUCGAGAGACAGAUUUAUCAUCGAGAUGCAGUGGGUGCAAUCGCUGCGAUUAUGGACAGGACAGUCUUACUUUUGAUAGCGAGACGGACAUGGCUCCGAACGCAGAGGAAGAGUUGCUGGUGGUGAAGCCAUGGGGGCCUCAACCGGAAAAGGAACGUUUGAGACCACCAACGUACAACGCGGAGGACUACGCGAUCGCUCUGAGACGAUGGGGAAGACGUCCGCUAGGAAGUGUUCAAGACUCGCAUGGUACCUUGCCGUCGACAACCAGUUCGAGUUCCGGUUACGCUUCCGGAAGCGGCGAGAUGACCUUGAGACAAUUCACGUCGGUCAGCGAGCUUCUGAACAAGCUCAGGGCGGAUCUGAAGCUAGCGUUUCCAAGCUUCGUUCAGGAAUUCGCUUCACCUCCAGCCGACGGAAUUACCUUGUUACUGGAGACACUUCGCGGCGUGCAGCUUGCCCAAAGUUCACCACCCUCUUCCGGUCACACUGGUCCACGAGUGGGUACCAGAAGAGCCGCUCUGGACGAGCUCGGUUGCGUCGAGUGUCUUGCCGCCUGCACAGAACGAUGCACCGAUGCACCGAGGCUCCUGGUGCAAGCUCAACCCGGUCUUCUUGCUCUGGCAGUUUGUCUGACUAGUAGCUUGAACCGGUCUCGAGUUCUAGCUCUCCAGCUACUGACGAAGGUUUGCCAAACUCCUGGCGGCCAUGCAGCAGUCUCAGAAGCUGUUUCGACGCUCAGGUUGAAAUAUGGAGAAGGUGGACGAUUCCGGUUCCUGGCUGGUGCACUUCUGGCUCCCAGAGCAGCGAUUGCACUGAGAGUCGCAGGAGUUUCGUUCCUGAACGCUUUCCUUAAAUCUGCUCCGCGGACGCAAACCCGAUUGUAUAUUCAGGCUGAAGCCUGCGAAGCUGGACUAGAGCCGCAGGUCCUUCAAGAAUGGCUGAAAGAAUUGGACGGCAGGGAAGAGGACGCGUUGAACGAUCUUCUACAUAAGGAGGUUCAGAAAUGGACGCACAACUGCGUGGACGUGGACGCCCUGCAGCGAAGAGUCGUACGUGCCGAGGAAACAUGCAGGAUCCUUAGUAAAAAAGUCUCGUCCCUACAGACGCAGCUUCAGCAGCUACAGCUGGAGAAGUUGAACAAUUAUAACCUAGAUGAUCGUGAGAAGAUGACUGUGCUCGGUAGCACGAAACAAUCGCCGAAGAUGUCUUCGAACGCCGAGGACGAAGGUAUCAGCUCGUCGGAGAGAUCGAGCAGCCCGGAGAACACGAAGCAUCAGUCACGAGCGAAUCAUCAGAAGAUGAACUCGUCUCCGGACAACGAUCAGGAAACAACGAUCGACGACGUGAUCGAGGAGCUGAGGAUCAUCGUGAAGGACGCCGAGGAGGAGAUCAGCGAUAAGAAUCAUCACGAACAGAAUCGAAUAGAUUCUCACGCGAACGAGGAUUUUUACAACGAGAAUUCCUCCAAGACUAAGCUUCGUAGAACGAGCUCGAAAAUGUUGUUGAAUAAUUCCGAGAGCUACGUGUACGACAAGGUUUUGAAAAGAGAUCAUCAGACCGACACGAAGAUCACCAAGUCUAACACAGAUUCGAACAUGUCUCAGAGUAUGAUCAAAGGGGAACAGGUGACUUACUUUGGCAACGAUCGAGAUUACAGCACGGACUCGAGCGUAGGUAGGAGGAUAAACACCGAUACGCGUAGAAUUUCCAAGUCUUCGGUGGAAGGCAGCGUGAAGAUCGUUGUAAAGGGACCUGACGUUGAAGAAGCGAUCGUGCCUACUAUUCUACACCCUCAGCCGCCCAGGAGAUCGCCACCUUGUUUGUCGGCUAUUAUGGCGGUCAGGCACUGCGACUUUAUCGACCAUGAAGAGGUGUAUAAUUCUCACGACGAGGAUAUUGAAGAGGAAACCUUGGGCGAUGGCAGUGACUCUCUUCUCAGUGCUUCUCGGCUCAAGUAUAAUGGUAAAAGUCAGCCUUACGAGGAGCAGAUUGGAAACACAGAGGUGGAUCAUUUUCAGAAGCAAUGCAAUGGUAGGAAGGAAGGAGAGACUGGCAGUGAUAGUAAGGUGAAAGAGAGCUUCGACGAUCUCAGAAACAUGAGCGAAGGCGAGGCGAAGGAUAAGAAGACUAGCAGGAGUUAUGAAACAUCGUGCAACGCGAAGAACAGAGGAACGAGCGAGUCUAAACAGAGGCAAACGGAUGGAGUUUCCCAAAGACACAGUUCCAAGUACAGAAGUGAAGUGGAAAAGAGGAAGCUGCUUCGUAGAUCGACGAGUCACGAUUACCUGGAAUCGAGUGCCUCCAGUCCUCGAUCGAAGAGAUCAGGUAGAAGUAGAAUAGAGAGUCACAUCAGGAAGUUCGAAAGUCUGAACUCUUUCGACGAGCAUCGAAGUCUCCAGAGUUAUGGGAGACCAGGCAGUUCGGAGAAUUUGAGUAAACAGGAUCAAUUAUUCACAGAAGAGAGAAGUAGGAUGCGUAGAUCUGAAUCGUUUCAUCAUGUGUCUCACGUCGCCAAGAAGGAGCAGUGUUCUUCUCAAGGAGGAAGCGACAGUGGACUGUUCUACGUGACAGAUUUCAAUUUGGAACCACUGGUAACGCGAAGACCAAGAUCCAUCGAGGCUCCAAAGUCUCCCAGCUUGUUGACAAAGUCUUUAGACAGAAUCGACGAAGGUCUGGACUCGAUGGUUGAUAUAGUAAUCACGGAGGAGAAGAAUCAAUGGAGUUCGAGCAAGUAUCAGACCAAGACGAAAAAGUCUAGAGAAGAGAGGACACUUGUUAGGUCGAAGUCGAGCAGACUGGAAGAUUCCAGAAGUUGUUUCGAAUUGGGAUCGAAAGGAAGGAAAGAGGAGUCGAAGAGCAAACAUUUGAAAAACGAUGAAUUCUAUUCUGGACACGUAAGCAACAAGCAAUUAAGGAGUGAUGAAUUGUACGAGGAGCAGAGAAGUCGAGAGUGGAACGAGUUAAAUUCUAAUAGAAAGAACAACGAAUUAGAUUUCGAUUGUACUCCGAUAAUACUAACGAAAAAUGGUGUCAGGCACAAUUCGUUCUGUCAGAACGAGAAUAUUGGUAAUAAAUUUUUGAAUAAGUCGAUGGAUUCGGGAAUUUUCGCUGGUCGGACUUACGACACGUUUGGAUUGGGAAAGAAUAGAUUUAACGCUGGAAAAUAUUCAGGAAAUCAGCAGACUAAGGAGAGUCCAGUUGGUAGAAGAAACACGACUUCAUCUGCAGUUGGAAAUCGUGGUAAAGUCACUGACGUUGUUUCAGGACUUUAUUAG